GCAUUGCCAUGUCCUCGGUAACGGCUCAGCUGCAAGCACUUUCGCUCGAGGAGACCCCAACCACCACUGCCCAACCACGGCAUCCGUUAAAGGAUGCAGAGGUCGACGACGCUGACGUGCAGAAAAAGACCACGCGCCUUCGUACACGCCGCGGUCCUCGCCGAGUUAGUCCUUAUCCAUUACCUCCGCUCGAGGAGUGCCUCCAGGCCAAGAGGCGCGGAAUGUGCAUGUGCUUUGGCUUCUACGCCGGCCGAGGUGCUCUCCAGAAGGCGAUGAUUUCCCGCUUCCCCGACCAGCUCAAAGGCAGAGAUCCAUAUAACAUAACCUUGCUCUGGCCGACCGUGUUGUAUCUUCGCAGGAUUACUGGAUGCGCAGAAAUCGAUCUCCAUGCCGGGAUUGUUUCCCAGCGAGUAAAGGAUCAGAUUUCUUCGAUCGAGGACGAUGUCGGCACCUCCGUCUUGAUCCUCGGUUUAUUCACGCUGGAAUUGGAGACAUAUGAAAGAAGGAUCACACAGGAAGGUGCUGAUGAAAUCAGCCGACUUGUUGGGAUGCCCCCAACGUGGUGGGGGGCGCAACUGCUUGUUUGAGAGGGGAACCGAUCUGUAGUGUGCGCUCUGCUGGGAUUUCCUCUAUGACCGUGUCCGUUCUCAUCAUCGUGUUGCUACUCUCCUCUCACCUAUCGCAAUGGCAUAC